AUGGAGGGAGAACAUCACUGUUGCUUCUCUAUUGCAACUAUGAUCACGAUCUUCCUGCUGAUGGUUGUGGUUCGAGUGGCCUAUGUCUUUUAUCUAACUGGGAAGCCAUUGUCCUCAAAAUCUUCAGACCCGCGGAGUACUUUGAUUGUUCUGGGUUCAGGAGGUCAUACAGCAGAAAUGAUUAAUAUACUGUCCGUGAUGCAGAAAUACAGGUUUACUCCUAGGUUUUAUAUAGCUGCAGCCACUGAUAGUAUGAGUCUGCAAAAAGCUCGAGUCUUGGAGGACUCUUUAGUUGACGAGAAUCAGGACGAGAAGGUACCUGCCGAGUUUAUGCAGAUAUACAGAAGCAGGGAAGUCGGUCAAUCAUACAUAACCUCUAUCGGGACAACCCUAAUAGCCAUUGCGCAUGCGCUAUGGUUAAUGCUUCGAACCAGGCCGGAAGUGGUACUCUGCAACGGCCCUGGGACGUGUGUACCUCUGUGUGUGAUUGCGUUUUUGUUCAAGGUGGUGGGGAUUAGAUGGUCAUGUAUCUUUUAUGUCGAGAGCAUAGCGAGAGUGAAGAAGCUGUCUCUAAGCGGUUUACUGCUUUACAAACUGCGCAUAGCUGAUCAGUUCUUUGUGCAAUGGCCCCAACUGCAGAGGAAAUACCCUCGAUCUCAUUACGUCGGCUGCUUGAUGUGA